UACAAUUUAGCCAAUUUACCCAAAAUAUAGCCCUCAACUUUCCUCGUCUUUGUUUACGAGAGGGUAGAGAAGAGGACAAAGGGGGAAGAUUAGAAGGAAAACAACCUUUUGGGCAUCAAAUCCUUCCAAUAUGAGAACCACAUUUUACGCAGCAGGAUAAGGAUCCGAUCAAAGACGCUCAAUCUCCACACAAUCUUCACUCAACGCUUCCUUUUCAUUUAUAAUAACAAAAUAUUAAGGAUCAAAGCAGCAGAGGUCACCCGCUCACUGUUCAAAAGAUGCAGCCCAAUUCCGAGGCAUCCCAGCGCAUUGCGACCAUCGCAGCACAUCUCCACCCUCCCCCUCUCCAGAGGACGGAGGAGACUUCUACGUUAAAGCCCAUGAAUUGCCGAGCUAAAGGAGGGGCACCCGGGUUUAAGGUAGCGAUAUUGGGUGCUGCGGGGGGGAUUGGCCAACCUCUUGCAUUGCUGAUGAAGAUGAAUCCUUUGGUAUCCGUUCUUCACCUAUAUGAUGUUGUAAACUCUCCCGGUGUCACAGCUGAUGUCAGUCAUAUGGACACUGGUGCAGUGGUACGUGGCUUUUUAGGUCAGCCUCAAUUGGAGAGUGCGCUCACAGGUCGAGAUGACCUGUUCAAAAUUAAUGCUGGGAUUGUUCGCACACUUUGUGAAGGAGUUGCUAAAUGCUGUCCUCGUGCUAUUGUGAACUUGAUCAGUAAUCCAGUGAAUUCUACUGUUCCUAUUGCUGCAGAGGUUUUCAAAAAAGCUGGCACCUAUGAUCCCAAGCGUCUUCUUGGAGUCACGACACUUGAUGUCGUGAGAGCCAAUACUUUUGUGGCAGAAGUACUGGGAAUUGAUCCUAGGGAAGUUGAUGUCCCAGUUGUCGGUGGUCAUGCAGGAGUUACAAUAUUGCCACUUCUGUCUCAGGUUAAGCCUCCAUGCAGUUUCACUCCUGAUGAGAUUAAUCAUUUAACUGAUCGCAUACAGAAUGGGGGAACAGAAGUUGUUGAGGCGAAAGCUGGGGCUGGCUCUGCAACACUGUCAAUGGCCUAUGCAGCUGCUAAAUUUGCAGAUGCAUGCUUGAGGGGGAUGAGAGGUGAUGCUGGAAUUGUGGAAUGCUCUUUUGUGGAUUCUCAGGUUACUGAUCUGCCAUUCUUUGCAAUAAAAGUGCGACUGGGUAGGGGAGGGGCUGAGGAAGUCUUUGCUCUUGGGCCCUUAAACGAGUAUGAAAGGGCUGGAUUAGAGAAGGCCAAGAAAGAGUUAUCAGAAAGCAUUAACAAGGGAAUUUAUUUCAUCCGAAAGUGAAGAAGUAACAGCGCUUUUAUCCUGCCCCUUGUAGAUAAUCAUUUAUGUAUAUCUUGUUGUUUCUGAAGUGAGAGCUCUAGUGUAUAAGAGUUACUUUCUGCAUCUUUCACUAUUUCAAUCUAAUAGAAGUAAGAGUGAGGAUGAUUUCUAAAAAGAGGCUUUCUUCUGAUUUGUUUUCAGUCUAGCAUACUGAAAUAGAGUUGCUAGAUAAGAUGAAGGAACUGAAUAAUUUUCAUCCCAGCAUGCAUCUUCUUCCUAUUAAAGUGAUAUAAUGAAGUUGAAUGACAGCGUUGCGGUUGGA